ACUAUAUAUGGCAAUCAACAGUCAUCGAGACGAGUUCAUUGAACUAUCAGAGAGUGAAUUCAAAAACUGUCAUCAAGAAGCAAACAGUGACUUUGUGUGCUACAAUAAACAAACCAUGUUCUCAGCCGAAACAAGUUGUGAACUACAAAUGUUUCACAAUAAAACGGAUUCAUCGUGUCACCUAGUCAACAAGAAAGGAUCGUAUCUUAUGCUAGCGCCCCUAGUGGUCAUAAUCGGCGGUGCAAGGUGGCAACGAUCGGGAGUGAGAGAAGUGUAGCUACCUAUUUAUGUUCAUUAUUUGGAAAUGGCGGAUGCGGCACUUUCGCUGUUAUCAGGUUCUGGUAGGUGCGCCCAGCGACGGUCAUGGUCUUUUCUAUGCUGGCUCCCACCCGAAGAGGUUACGUCGCUAGUACAAAUCAAUUAAAUAGCGACUACCUUAAUCCGCGCCGAGGUAAACUCACAGUGUUUCUGCCCGAUAUUUAAAAUAAAACAAGAUCGAAGCAAUUAUAAAGUGAACAAAAGUGUGGAGCAGCAACUAGAUACCAAGUGGAAAUAACAAGAGUGUCAAUCGCCAAUAAGCGAUAUAGAAACCAAUCUCAAGGGUGCCAAUGCAUCUGCCGGGGAGGUCGAUAACAGCAGAAAAAUCAAUGUGGAGUCCUGUGUCGAUGAGGUGCUGAACCAUCGUCUACGGCGACAAGAAGUCAUAAACCCUCUACCUGAAGGAUAUUUUGUGCCGCUUCAAGGAGCUGCAGCUCUUCACAGACGAGUCCAUAGUCUCCUUGGUGGAAUUUGGUUACAUUCUACAUUUUGCUUAAAAAGACUCGAGGUCUAACCAAUAAAUAAAAAUUCAUGACAUCGGAAGGAGAGAUACAAUUCUUGACAGGGGAGCCUUCUAUCCAGAAGGACCCACCAGGAAUAGAGGAGGUACUGGAGCAGUACCCGGAGUCAGGACCAAAAAGACUCACCAUCGAGGAAUACAAAGCAAGGCAGAAGACAGCCAAGCAGCAAAGGAGCGAGGAAGCAACCCCGAGUAAAACAGUUCCGAAGGCAAGGAGAGGAGGAAAACAGGCUCGCCUGAUCCGCACUCGUCGCCUACUAAUCGAGUGCGAAAAGGCCGCACGAGGAUCACCGGAUGACCAGAGGCGCUACAAAGAGCUGCUGGACGCCACCAAACUGGCGCUUCGCGAUGCGAAGAAACGGCUGCUGGCCAAACAAACCAGCACCCCAAAUUAAUUCUUAAAUUUAUAUAUAUAUAUAUAAUAUUUUUCCU